UGCCACGCGUUGUUGAACGGAAGCAGUUAGCCGCAAAUCCCCAAACAAACAAUGGCCUUCCUCGCAUUCAAGCCCAUCUCCACCACUGCCUCUACCUCUCUCUCUAUCCUGAUCCUCCUCCUCGUCUUCUCCUUGUCUCCGUUGACCAGAUCAUCCCCAGAAGGAGAACCUACUCCUACGCCAUGGCCGCACCAGUUCCACGCUAUUCUGUUUAUGAAUUACAGCGGGAUCCUCCAAAAGAUCGAUCUCUGGUACGAUUGGCCCAACGGAAGAAACUUCAACAUCAUCCAGCACCAGCUGGGUAAGCUACUCUACGACCUAGAGUGGAACAACGGAACUUCCUUCUUUUACACCUUGGAUUCCAAUAAGGAGUGUUCCUCUGCCCAGGUGGAGGUUGGGAUACUCCGCCCAAAUUGGCUGGAUGGAGCGACGUAUCUUGGUCAGAAACACGUGGAUGGCUUUCUGUGUAAUGUGUGGCAGAAGGUGGAUUUCAUUUGGUACUAUGAAGAUGUAGUGACGAAGAGGCCCGUUCAUUGGGUGUUCUACACGGGGAGGGAGGCCCAUGUGAUGACGUUUGAAGUGGGAGCUGCGCUUGAGGAUGCAAAAUGGCAAGCCCCUGCCUAUUGCUUUGACAAGCAGAACACUAACGCUGCUGGAUCUGCCAUCGCUGAUAUUGGUGUUUUGAGGGGUUCUGUAGCACAGUCAAUGUGAUGACUUCCCCUCAUUGUACUACACUAUUGUUAUGGUAUGGUGAAGGGUCUGUGGCGGGAUUUGGUUUGUAUCUUUCGAGCUCUCUCUUAGAUGUAAGCUAAUAAUAAGCACAGUUAGUUUCUAUAUUAAUGGCCUUAUCACACUUAUCUCCCUGUAUUUUCAGUUAUGUCAUUAAUAAUAAGUUGAGCAGCCCUUGUAAGAAAUUA